UUCCUCCAUCUUUGCAGAUGGGCAAGAUGGCGUCCUCGGAUGUGGUAACCGAGGUUGAGAUUCAGCCCGAGAUCCAGGAGGUGGAAAUCGAGGCUAUACCCGUGGAAAUGCCCGUCGAGACAGUCGUGACGACCGUCGAAGCGGUCGAAGGUCAGCCUAUGAUCGCGUUGCAGCCGCUGCCAGAGCCAGGGAGGGAAGAGAUCAUCCUACAAACCCAGGAGGAGAUCGUCGGCAGCAUAGACGCCGAUCACGAAGCGCUCACAGGAUACGACAACAUCCCGGUGCCGACCCCCGAAGUGCUCAUCGAGACGAGCCCCAGCACGUCGGGUAAACGCGGCAGGAAAGGCAAGCGUGGUGGCAAAGGACGCAGCUUCGGCGGCGAACUGACGUUUGAGACGGACCGUAGUACGCGCAAGUGGGAACAGAAACAGGUGCAGAUCAAGACGCUCGAAGGAGAGUUCUCCGUCACCAUGUGGGCUUCGGGCACGGAGGACGCUGCAGAGGAGUCGACACCCGAGCCGGACCCCGAUUACACGGAGUACAUGACGGGAAAGAAGAUUCCACCAGGUGGCAUCCCCGGUGUGGACCUCAGUGACCCCAAGCAGCUGGCAGAGUUUGCAAAUUCGACACCAGACAAUGGCAUGAAGCAGUGGUGGGAGCAAGUGCAGUGCACCAGUGUCUACUCCCCCGACAAAAACAAGGGUGGCGCCGGCCAGAGGAUGAAGCCAAGGAAACAAAGUGAUGACGUAGCAAGGACGAUAGCAUGUCCACACAAAGGCUGCACCAAGAUGUUCCGUGACAACUCUGCCAUGCGAAAGCACCUGCACACGCACGGCCCCCGGGUGCACGUGUGUGCAGAAUGCGGCAAGGCCUUUGUCGAAAGCUCCAAGCUCAAGCGGCACCAACUGGUCCACACGGGCGAGAAGCCCUUUCAGUGCACGUUUGAAGGGUGUGGCAAGCGGUUCUCCUUGGACUUUAACCUGCGGACACACGUGCGCAUCCACACGGGCGACCGGCCAUACGUCUGCCCCUUCGACGGCUGCAACAAAAAGUUUGCCCAGUCCACCAACCUCAAGUCACACAUCCUCACCCAUGCCAAAGCCAAUACAACAAGCAAGCGAAGAAAAUGGAAACCUACAAUUGAAACUGAUGCACAGUUGAGCACUGACCUCGUCUUUCCUGAGAUCGGAUCCCAGGGAGCGUCAGACUAUUAGUGAUGAUGGUGAUGCCCCCGCCAGCCUUCUCUUCGCCUCUGAUAGCCACUGUUCACUCUCCCAUUUUCCUCGUCCCCUCCAUUUCUUGCAUUUCUCACGACCUGCUUCUUCAACCACAGUGCACAGGAAUGGAGCAAGCUGCGGGCUCAGAGAUAAGAGUGGGCGAGAUCAGUGUUAUGGCAUAUUGGGCUGGGCCCUACCGUGCGCUGACUCGCUGUGCGACGAUGUGGAGACCAUUCUAGAUUAGAGUUGGAGAAACUGUGCCCUAGCGAAAUGUACUGCCGCUUACCAGAGCAAUCGGAAAUUGUAAGCGGAAACAAACAGGUUGGCACUUACGUUUUUAACAAACAUGGCAGACCAAAGGCGUGCACCUGCCGCUGCAGAUAGCUGCUGAUGCUGCAUCAACAACAGAAGUUGCAUCAGUCGCGUGAAUAGAACUCUGCGAAAUCUUGGUCGUGUUCUCGGGUCAAAUGUGAGGGCGCCUCCGAAUGCUCUGGCAGAACCAGGCAGAUUUGUUCAAAGAGCUUGAUUUUGACCACUGGAGUGUGAACUGCGCUGCCAGAGUGCUUUAAAGCACUUGAAAGUGACCAGCCAAUGUGCCAUUAGUUGGCUACUGCUCUUGCUGUAUACCAUCAUAAAUUUGAAUGAACACCUGGAACCUGGUGGAACAGUGUCAGGUUGCCUUGAGCUUGCAUGCAUAGUUUCUCUCGGGGCCUAGAGUGGCAGCUGGCCUCCCCAUGCCACCGUCGAGCUCACAGGCACGCUCGGGCAAAGCUGGAUUGAUAAUCUGCAGUCCUGGAACGCCAGAAAGGGGCAACUCCUACGAUGAGUGCAAGGUAGGCAAGCCAGAAAAGUUGCACACGUGGCAACAGAAAAUGGCGCAGCCUUUAAGUUCUCUCAUGGAUAGUACCGUGCUAUGGCAUGGGAUUUCGCAGCCCCUGUUUGAGACUGGUUAACCGUUCAUUGGCAAAGACUGAUCAUGUUCUUUGGGGGCAUGGUGUUACGGUACUCGUACUGAAGCCAGCCUGUACACAAAGAAUGUCAGUUUGCUUGAAGGCCUUUGACUGGCACCACUUUUGAGAAAUGCGUACUGCAUAUGUGCAAAAAAGUGCACUGCUUCUUUUGUUGAAUAAUUUUUGUGGAUUGCACAAAAACAAUAUCCAUGGCGCACUUCAUCAGGCAUAAAUGUCUGGCAUGUUUUGGUGCCCCGUCAAAGAGUGCAUUCCUGUGCCCUGUGGCCCUUUUCCUGUGUGUAUUUCUCAGAACACCUGUGGUUCACUCAGUUUCGCCUUGAGUGAGAAAACACUCUGCCCGCAUUAGUUUGCAUCCAUCGAGUUUUCCGCUGGCACUGCAUGGGAGGAAAUUUGUUUACAGGCAUUGAAAGGAGGGAGUAAUUUGCACCCGCGUUGGGGCAAAUUUGACCAUUUCAACUCUAAAAUUACACUAUGCAUUGACAAUCGUACCAUUGCAAUGGCCCGAGGAAGGGGCCAGAAACCUUAUUUGCCUUUAUAUGUGUCACCUCUCUCCAUCCUCUUUGCACAUUAGCUUCUGUGUUUCGCAUGAAGUGAAAACUAUAAUUUGACGUAGUAGUUCUGCGGAAUCCCGCAAGGUGGAGAGAAGUAAUUAAUAAAGGGAAAAUCAGACAUCCACCCGUUCGUAGCAAUUGCUGCAAAGAAAACCCAUACGGGUUCCUCGAAAGAAAGGGCUCAGAGUUGAAGAAAAAUUCGUCCUGGUCCGGGACUCAAACCCGGGACCACCACCUUUCCGGGGCAGCCGCUCUACCAUCUGAGCUAACCAGGCGGCUAGCAAAUGGCAGGGGAAGUCGAAUUUGUCGACAACACGCGAAGCAAAGGCAAGUGUUUGACGUAGUAGUUCUGCGGAAAUCCGCAAGGUGGAGAGAAGUAAUUAAUAAAUUAGAAAGCUAUAAUAAAUACCAUGCCCAGCAGCGAUGGACAGCUCGUAACACUGAGAGUGAGGAAAGAUUUGUUCAGCUCAUCGGUUAGUUCUGCUGGCUCCGCCUUUCAGGAACUGGCAACAGGCCUUUUGUUCUUUUGAAAGCUCUUGGAAACUCGAUGGUUGCUGCAAACUGAUUUCUGCAAUGAGCUCACGAGCUUGUGUACCCUGCUGUUUCGUUGUGCAAGCGCAGGUUGCAAGUGACGCUUCCAUAAAUGACGCAGUGUGUGUGUGUGGAUUUUGUUAUUGGCGCAUGCUCAAAGCUUUGGUACUUAAAGUGCCAGGUACGGAUGCAGUGCGCCGUCAUAAAGCCAUAAAUUGGAACCUGUUUUAGGCUGACUGAAAGCAACUGUGCAAGAAAGUUUGCUUUGUAUGUCCUUGUUUUUUUUUUGUGUGUGUGUGGCUAUUAUAAUAGGUCGAUGGCAAGCCAGUUAGCUACCACUAUUCUGACUACAGUCGACGACCGAUAAUUCGGACUCCACGGGGAACGUAAAUAAGUCCGAACUAUCGUAUGUCCGAAAAAAACGAAUGUAUCCAAAAAAGAUCACUUUAUUUACGUUUUAGGGCCCCUGUGUAAGGAACAAGUGGUCACUGCAUUGCUGCAUGCACACCACUUAGGUGCAACAAAGUCUGCCUCUAUUUCUGCCAGUUUUGAGUUUUGCUGUAAGCCGAUGCAAGGACUGCAAAAGCUUGAGCCAGAUCUGCACGUGCAAGGUUCUGAGGCACAUGGCACAUUAUUAUCCAAGUCGGAGUCGCUGUUUGACGGUGGGAGAACUUUCUCAAUUGUUUCGUCAUCGUUCAAUUCGGCACACGAUAAAGCCGCGCUGUCGACAUCUGCAAAGUCUUCAGAUCUAACGGCGGCAGGAAUCUGCACACCGCAGCCUAGCAGGUCAUCAGUGUUGUCCACAUUUGAGCUCAUUGUGGUAGGCAGCAGUUCAACCUCUUCCGUUGCGGAGUCAGGCUGUGAGGGUACCGUUAGUGCACUUCACAUGGCCUAUGUUUAACUUCACGAGAGAGACUUGUUGGAGCCAGCAGAGCACUAUCUGGAACGCAAACUAAACAAACAAGCACAGCAUGGCAGAACGCUACUCCCAAGGCUAACUAGCGCCUCUUCUGACUCAACAAACUGAAUGGCGAUAAUGGGCCAUUCAUGGGGGUGCCAGAAAAGGAUGUGAUGAUCGAAAUAUUGAAGCAAUCUCGCAGUUCAGGCAAAGCCUCCAAGAUCGGCAUUUGCACUUAAAUCUCAGAGGCUUAGAGCGGUGACCAAAAUAAGGCCUCAGAGAUUACCGUCUAGCGUGUAAUCUCUGAGGCCAUACUUGAUGUCUUGUCUAGGUUGCCAGAGGAAAUAACGGUGGCAGAGUUGGCGUAUGCUGCAGCCACGGACGGAGUCCGAAUAAUAGAAUGUAGAGCUGACGGCUGUCCAAAAUAUCGGUCGUCUUUACUCAUUAAGUCUCUGGGGUCAUUGGCGGUGCCGCAAUGCUGUCCGAAUUAACGUGCAUGUCCGGAUUAUCGGUGUCCGAUUUAUUGGUCGGCGACUAGUAUGGUCAGGCCUGCUCGUAGUGAUCCAGAGUUAUAGUGCAGCGCCUGUUGGGUUCUUCUCGAAAGUUCUUUAUGAGUGCAAUGCAGAGAACAAGCCAAUGACACCAGUUUAUUCACAUUUGGUAAAGUAGACUUAAAUGACAGUGGCUUCAGGUUUAUUAACUGCAAAUACAUUCUCCUUACUGCGAGCGCCUUUUAGUUUAAGGGAUGUUUAAUGUCAUUAUUUCACGGGAGGCCUUAUCCGCAUUAAACUUAACGAGAGUUAUUCUCAAUCAUGGUGAGCACCAAAUGCAGUCCAUCCAGGCAAGUUACGUGGGCAUUCCUGUUCAUGGCUCACGGUGGUGAUGAAUAGGGCCUGCCGCUAGUUUCCCCUUCAAUUACAAUACAGUGCAAAAGUAUUACACCCGUGUCUUAAUUUAGAGCUAAUUCUUUACAUGAGAGUAUGGCAUGAACAGUGAGAAGGCAGCAUGGCGCAUAGGCACGGUGUGCCUCAUAACUUGUCAGAUUUUUUUUUGCCGUAUUUCCUAUCGAAAUGGCUGGCAUCUCCAAGUAAAAUGCUGAAGCUGGUGCAGCAUUCUCUAAUCAGUGAAUAUACGUUAUGUGGUAUCAUGAACCUAAUUCAACUGGUGUAGACAGCUAUCAGUAGUGCUUGCUGAUUCGUGAAGCUUGAGCCACGCUUGUUUCUUUUCUACAGUCCUUCGCCGGUGAGAAGAUUGUCGUUUGAGCUUCGCCGCCAUCUUGCCAUAGCAGCAUGCAUUCUGAGCAUUAGAGCGUAGAGCUGUUAGAUUAUGUUUCGAGAUGCAUAUGGUGGUCUCUGUAGUUGCAUCAAGUCGUUUCGCACCCUUUUGGGAUGCAAAAGGUUGGUUACUCUAAACUGAGGUUGCCAAGCUCGGUUUGCUGUCAAAUGCAGUUAGUGGCCUAACAGCCUGUUGUGUAACUGUGCUAACUGCAUUUAACACAAAUUGCGAUUAAAGCCACCCAUCUAAAAAAGGUCUAAGGGGCUCACAGUCUCUUCUGCAGUAUUAGACUACUGUGCCCCUUGUACUCCUGGCCAGUGGAUUUUGAAGCCAGUAUCUACUGCCUGGAAUCACAUGUGCAGGCCAGAGGCACCUGCUUGACCAUACUCGACGAGUGUAGUUUGGUGUAUGCCUUUGAUGUGUUGGCUUGCACUUUACUAGCAUAUUCUUUGACAGGUGUUUGUCUUUUUCUGCGUUAAACUGCUUGUGUUAAAUGGGGCAUCUGUGAGCAGGCUUGACCACAUUCGCUCUAUAUUUAAGCAUGGAGUGAAUGCUUAGUCCUCAGUGGUAGCUUCGCUGCCUGUCUACAAAAUGUCAUGUGACUCGUUUUUUACCAAGUGUGUGUGUGUGCUGAGUUGCUGAGCAUGCUUGCGCAAUCGUACAUGGAAAGUAGGUCUUGUUAUUUGUCCCUGUUUUAUGUAGCAGAACGUCAAGAUUCAUCCAACUAUGGAACUGCGCGAGUCAGUAGGCACUUGUGUGUUCAGGUGUAGUAGUAUGUAGCGGGUGCUACUCAGCUAGAGGGCUUGGUGUACAGGCAACACACUUUCACUGGUGCCAGGUGCUAUGCUUAAAGUAAAGGUUCCUGGUGUUCUUUUCUGACCUAGAUGUUAUCAGCGGCCAUGGAGUGUUCAUUUCCCGAUUUGUCAUGGAUAUGGGAUACACAGUUGUGGAAAAUGUUGGCAGAAAAAUUAACAUUUUUGUUGGGAGUAGCUGUCCCUGUGCUCACUUUGCCUAGCACUGUUCACUUAUCACAAUGAAGUCCUAUCAUUUUUGUGAUAAGCACAAGUUGUAUGUAUUGUAAAAGCAGUCUUAACCAGCCAGAUGCUUGUAAUAAACAUCGUCUCAAUUACUUCCCAGCUGGUAGAGCUGAAGUAGAAUGUGCCAGAAAUUUUCCCAUCAUAGAACAACAUUCACACUGUCUUUGCUGUGGACAAGUCGAACAAGAAUCCAUAAGUAUAAAUCAAAGCUGCCCUUACGAGCCAUUACUUGAUGGUGCAACUUUCAAUCCUGUGUAUCUGGCCAGCAAAGAUGGUGUGGGCCCCAUAGUAAGCCAUGCUGGCGUUGCAUGAAAUGGCAACAUCAGAAAUGAAAGAAUGUGUUCUAGUUUCUAGUUAACCCUGACUCUUUUGUACUUCAGUUUUGUUGAGGGGGGGGGGGGGGGCAGGCAUACUGUACUGCCAAGAAAAUUGAGAACAUAAUUGGCUUUCGUUGGAUUGGUUGUUCGCUAGCAUCGGCAGUGUGAUAUCUCUCAUUUUAGCAAGAGCAUUGCACUAUGCAUUGUAAUUUGUUUGAGUGAGUAGCAGUGGGCUUCGGGUUUCAGCCACUCUGAAGGGAUUUUUGUUUCUGGUGACACCUGGCUUUGAUUCUUUGCCUGACUGAAAUUUCUUUGAACGAUUCAUGAAACCAAGUGCCCUGCUUUAUGAAGCUUUGUUUUUGUUUCCUCCCCCCCCUCCCCACAUUUAUUUACUGUGGGAGCAGUUGCCUUUGAUUGAAACUGGGACAUACAUUAGUGUAGUUCGUCUGUGUUUGGCGUGGUGCCGAGAACUCACCAGCCAAGUGUUCAUUCUGGCCAUAUUGAGCCAGACAAGGUGGCUUGAACGUAUGCCGCCUUGUGGGUGCUUUCAUUCGCAUCAAAGGCAACUGUACGCUGCAUGUGUAUCACAAGAUUUGUGUGGAACCAACUGAACCAACAAAUGUUUUGUUCUUUCCUUCUUUUUCUGUUCACCUUCUUUGUCCCUCCUUCUUUUUCUCCUCCCUCCCAUUAACUUCUUUUUCUUCCUUUCUUUCUAUUCCCUCUUUUUAUU